AAGUAAAAUAAAAAAUAAAUACGUUGCAUCAUGUUAAUUAGUGCACAUGCAAUCGGAAACGCUAUUUUUUCAUUUUUUUUUUUUUUUUUGGGGUUAGUAUGUAGCUGGAAGACGUUAUAACCCAUUGACACUCGACAAAUGAUUUUUUUUUUUCCCUAGAAAAUACGAGUGGGUUUUGCGAAAGACUAAUUAACCAAAGACUAAUCAAGGAAUCGAUGAUUUUAGAAAAUUAAUUUAGCUUUUUGUGCCCGAGAAUUAGCCCUAAAGACUAUACACCAUUUGAGAGUAAUAAUGAAAAAUUUAAGGAAAGGAAGACUUAAUUGCCUUAAAUAUGACUUAUCAAUUCAACUUAUGUGUACGUUAGGUUGAUGUAAGACACCUAAUAAGUGGGUUCCACUGAAAUUAAAAGAAGUGAAAUCCACUUGUUACGCAUUUGACAUCAGCACAAUAUGCGUUGCAUCAACACAAUAUGCAUGGACCCGGGAAGAGAGACGCAUCAUAAUUUUCAUUGUUUAAGCUCUUAAUAAGAAGGCGAUGCGUCAUAUACCUGUCUACAGCUAUGAAGUGGAAAAGCGUGAGGGACUACAGCGUCUCUACCUAUUAAUUGGGCAAUGCCCACGAAAAGAAAUUGAAUUGGAAGAUAAAAAAAAAGGAAACGAUUAAGCAGCCUCGAUCUCAUCUCUCUGUGUCUACUUCCCAUGUACGUAGAUAAUUUUUCUGCAGCGGCUUCUGUAAUAACUAGUUAACUCUUCUUCUUCCGCAUCUGCUGUGUUCUUGAUCAUCCAUGGCAAUCUGGUUUUGGAGAAGAACGAGUAGCAGUAUUAUAAUUGCUGGGAAUAAUCAUGUGAAGAGGAUCAUGAGAGAGAAGGGCAUCAUCGUGAUCAUGCGCAAUACUUCUGCCACCUCAUCAUCAUCAGGAGGAGGAGGAGGAGGAGGAAGAACUCUCCACCGCCAUUGCUGCAGCAGCAAGCACUCAUCAUCAUCAUCAUCAUCAGCAGCAGCAGCAGCAUUAGUGUCAACAACACCCUUUGGUCUCUCUGUUUUGCGUUUUGAAUCAACCAAAGCUGCUGCAGAGCUGCUCAACUAUCCCCUGCAGGAGGAUUUCUCUGAUAAGCCUCACCACCAAGUUCAAAUUCAGCAGACACUGGAUUUUCCAGGAGGACCAAUUUCCUUUACCUCCAAAAUGAGAUUCAUUCCCGAGUCCCCCACAGAAAGGAUACGUUGUUAUCGGGUACUCGACGAUGAUGGACAGUCCCUUAUGCACGGCACAUCACCACAGGUAAGCAAGGAAGUUGCAGUAAAGAUGUACAGCAGCAUGGUUGCCCUUCAAAUAAUGGAUACCGUUUUCUUCGAGGCGCAGAGGCAAGGGAGAAUUUCCUUCUAUAUCACUUCAAAGGGAGAAGAGGCAAUCAACAUUGCAUCAGCAGCUGCACUCACCUCAGAUGAUGUUGUCCUUCCUCAGUACAGGGAGCCAGGGGUGCUACUAUGGCGGGGUUUCACCUUCCAAGAAUUUGCAGACCAGUGCUUUGGGAACAAGGCGGAUUACGGGAAAGGCAGGCAGAUGCCCAUCCAUUACGGGUCAAACAAGCACAACUAUGUCACCGUGUCAUCGCCCAUGGCCACACAACUUCCUCAAGCUGUGGGGGCUGCUUACUCCCUUAAAAUGGAUAAGAAGAAUGCCUGUGUAGUCACUUACAUUGGGGAUGGUGGCACCAGUGAGGGAGAUUUCCAUGCCAGUUUAAAUUUUGCAGCAGUUACGGAAGCUCCGGUUAUUUUUAUCUGUCGCAACAAUGGAUGGGCAAUCAGCACUCCUACCACCGAACAGUUUCGAAGCGAUGGUAUUGUGGUUAGGGGUCAAGCUUAUGGAGUUCGAAGCAUUCGGGUAGACGGAAACGAUACUCUUGCUGUUUACAGUGCUAUUCGAGCAGCCCGUGAAAUGGUGAUCAGUGAGCAGAGACCUGUACUAAUUGAGGCUCUCACUUAUCGAGUCGGACACCAUUCAACAUCUGAUGAUUCCACCAAGUACCGCUCGGUUGAUGAGAUCGAGCACUGGAAAAUGGCGCGCGACCCGAUCGCGAGAUUUAGAAAAUGGGUUUCGAGGAAUGGUUGGUGGAGUGAACAAGAUGAAUCAGACCUUCGAACUAGGGUCCGGGAUCAGAUAUUGAAAGCAAUUCAAUCUGCGGAAAGAACUGACAAACAGCCAUUGGGUGAGUUGUUCACUGAUGUGUAUGAUGAUCCACCAUUGAACCUUGUUGAGCAAGAGAAAUCACUCAGAGAAACCAUCAGAAAACACCCAGAAGAAUACCCAUCUGAUGUUCCUGUUUAGAUUUCUCAAUUGAACUGGUAAUGUUCAUAUAUAGUCUGCUGGUAACAAGAGCAACUCUCUAAUUAAUUUGUUCUUCCCAAUUUUCUUUCCUUCAAAAAAAAUUUUUUUCACUAUUUUUCAUUGUCAAGGCAAUGCCUUCAUCUAUAAUUUUGUGAUUUAGUAACUUUGAAGAAGGAUUUUUGUAAAUGUAAUUAGAAACUUCAGCUGUAUUCUUGUUCUCUAGAAGCAUAAUGGGAAUCAGUAUUAACCAA